AUAAAACUAAGAUCUUUUUUGCUUUCUUUCCUCAGGCGGCGUAAGCAGUAUUACAGGGCUUAAGUUAACUCAUAAUUGGUCGCAGUUACAUGCGGUCAGCGGCGACGUCUGAACGUCGGGUUUUAGAUUCCAAUUUGUUGUUGCAAUGUCGUGAAAAGAAGACUGGGCGGCAUAGUUCAGUAGUUAGGACGAAGAUUCAUAAGGUUCUUCUUUAUAAAACUGUUAACUUCAAGAUGUAUCCGAGGCAUUCAUUCCCACAUGAUGGCCCUCCAAGGCCACCUCCCUCACAUUGGGAUUCAAGACCUAUGCAUUCGAAUUACCCACACAAUAUAGGACCAGGAUAUCCCUCUCAGCACCCAUAUGCUCCUCCACCCCCGGAGUACAUGCCACAAUUCCAGCAAAAUGCACCUCCACAUGUCGAACAUCGCUACCCUUACCCACCACAUGGUCCCCGUGCCGGCCAUCCAAGAAUGACUUACCCCAGACCACAAGAUCCUCAUGCGAAUUUUGGAAGACCACCCUUCUAUGAGCCACAGAUAAGGCCUCCUGGCCAUUCUAGAGACAAUAUGCAUGGAGAUUUGCUUCAUCGUCAUCAUGAUAUGAGACAUACAAAUGAGAGGAGAGAACGAAGACAUAGAGAUGGUUCUCAUGGAGAUCGCUACCAUGAAAGAGAAGUCAGGGGAUCACCCCAUCACAGGGGUUAUUCUUCAAGAAGUGAUUCUGGGCGAGAUUCCCCAAAUCCAAGGCGUGGCGACAGAGAUGAAAAACCAGGGCAAGAAAAUAAAACAUUGAAACCUGGUUUCAUUUGGCGACAUUCUAAGAAUGAAAAAGAAGAUCAGGAAUACAAUGAAUCAGAAUACAGUGCAGAAAAGAUAGAAGAAAAGUUGAAAUCACUGCAACCGAGUUAUGUCCAGUGCACCCAGCAUGCCCGCUAUUAUGGUAGAACAACAGAAAACGAUUCAACUGUGAAAGCACUACCAUUGUUAACAGAGCUUUAUGAUAAAUUUGAGUCUGAGCUUUCUACUAGACAUGCAAAACUAUGGAAGCCAAACGAGAUAAUGGAGGAUCCCGAAGAAAUAGGCAAAACAUUAGAAGAAGAACAAGAUGAAAAAGAUAAAAGUCUUACUUUGUCUCAAAGACUCGAAAACUGUGACUUUAGUCAGGAAUCUUUACCAAGACAGAAAAGAGUUCGAGCAGCUGCUAUUGUUAGGAGGUUGGAAGAUUCAGCAAGAAAUCAAGAAAAACCUCUUUUAAAAUACAUCGAAGAGGACAACCCUAAAGUUCCAACUUUUGCUUUAGCGAAACUCAAAAGAAGGCUUGAAAGAUUAACUGAUAAUAUGAAAGAGUCUGAUACUACAUAUGAUAGCGACGGAAGCGAUCCAGAGGGAGAAUUUGACAACGAAGAUUACUUGCAACGGGCUGGGGAACUGAUCAGUUCUAUUCGUAAACUCAAGCAUCAUGAGAAGCGUCUUCAUAACGAAUUAUGGUAUAAUGACCCUGGUCAAGCUAAUGAUGGCCCACUCUGUCGAUGCGGAGAAACUGCCCGCAAGAAAGGUAUCAGACAUAAAAUCUAUCCUGGCGAAAAACCACCUACCGGCUGGAAAAAAAAUUUUAAUAACAUUGGUAAAAUGUACAACUAUCUUGUUACAAUCAGUCCUCCUGUAAAUUAUGAGUCAUCUGAUCCUACGACUAUUCAAUAUGAUGGCAGAGAUUAUGUUUUCGAAGGUUUUUCCAUUCUAUCUGAUGAACCACUGAGCAAAUUACCAUAUUGUGAUCUGAUUCGAUUUCACAUUCGGUAUACAAUAUACUUGAUAGAAGAGCCAGUUCCUGAAAACUUCUGUAUAAGAGGUCUUCAACUUUUUUCAGAUUACUUCUUCAGAGAUAUUUUGGAAUUAUAUGAUUGGGUUGAAAUCCCAAAGUCAUGCCCUGAAGAGACGAACACAGAGGUUCAUAGAAAGUUCCAUUUCUUCCCUCGCUUUGUGAGACCUCUUCCAGAUAAUGGUAAAGAAAUUUUAUCAUUAUGUGAAGUUCUUAAAUAUUUACUCUCCCAUAAUAAACCUUUGAUAAGUGCGAAUGAUUUGACACAUCUUAUGAAUUGUGACCACAGGGAAUGGUUGAACUACACAGAUAAAAUCAGAGGCAUGAUCGUUACAUUCCCUGGUUCAAAGCCAAGCUCACUAAGAGUAGAUCAAGUGGAUCGUUAUGACAGAAAAUCCGUAGAGAAUCCGGAUGUAAAAAACGAAGAUCAAGAUGAUGAAUAUCCAUUGAUCAUCCAUUUCGGAAUUCGACCUGCAAAUUUAAGUUAUGCAGGAGAUCCACAAUAUCAAAGAGUGUGGAGAUCAUAUUUGAAACUUCGUCAUUUAAUGGCAAAUUCUCCGAAAGUAAAACAGUCUGACAAAGUUAAACUAAAACGAAGGGAAGAAGCGCUACAAGAAAUGCGACGUGCAAAGGUAAUGCAAAGAGAAGUUACAGUUGAGGUAAGCAGUCGGGGUUUCAUGAAAACUGGAAUAUUUUCUGAUAUUUGUCAACAUGCUCUGCUAUUGCCUGUAUUGACACAUCAUGUCCGAUAUCAACUGUGCUUGGCAACCUUGGAGAAACAGAUUGGAUAUGAAUUCAAAGAUAGAAAAUGGCUUAGUCAUUCUAUGAAUCAUCCCAGUUGUCAGAUGAAUUUUGGCUCUAAUCCUGAUCAUGUUAGGAAUGCUCUUUCAAAUUGUGGCUUACGGCAACCCAAAUAUGGAGAUAGCUCUAUUCAUUAUAAAUACACACGGAAGCGGGGUAUCACAACUCUCAUUAGAAUUAUGGCAAGGCUUGGACAAAAACGACCCGUACUUUCACCUAUUGAGCAUAACGAAAGAUUGGAGUUUCUUGGUGAUGCAGUCGUGGGUUAUCUAACAAGCAUACAUUUGUUUUUUAUGUUUCCGGAGCUUUCUGAAGGUGCACUUACGACUUUUAGAACUGUGAUUGUCAACAACCAGCACCUGGCCCAACUUGCAGAAAGAAUGCAUUUGGAUGAAUUUAUGCUGUACGCACAUGGACCAGACUUAUGCCGAAAUGCAGAUUUACGUCAUGCCAUGGCGAAUUGUUUUGAAGCUCUCAUGGGUGCAAUAUAUAUGGAAGCGGGUUUGGAAAAGGCACAAGAGCUAUUUGCAAAGUUUUUAUGGGAUACUGAUCAACUGCAAAAAAUUUGGUUGGAUAUCCCAUUACACCCUCUUCAAGAAGAGGAACCAGAAACAGAUAGACAGUAUAUUGAAAGCGUGCCGAUCUUGCAAAAACUGACCAAACUAGAAGAUGAUUUAGGAUUAAAAUUCACACACAUCAGAAUUCUAGCAAAAGCAUUUACAUGGCGUAAUGUGCACGAGAACGUUCUUACGCAUGGUCACAAUCAAAGAUUAGAAUUCCUCGGUGAUUCAAUUUGCAAUCUUGUCACAUCUACAUAUCUAUUUGAGCUGUAUCCAACCCAUCAUGAAGGACAUUUAACUCUACUUCGUGCAACUAUGGUGAAUGGAAGGACACAGUCCAUGGUUGCUACUGAGCUUGGCAUGCCAAGGUAUGUUAUUACCAACAUGAGCAGUGAUCCUUCAAAUACAGUGGGAAAACCAAGAGCUCCAGAUUGGAGAGAAAAGAAUUUGGCUGAUCUUCUUGAAGCGUUUGUUGCUGCAUUGUACAUUGAUAAAGGACUGGAAUAUGUUAAAGGUUUUAUGCAGGUCUGUUUUUUCCCACGACUGAAGGAAUUCAUCAUCACACAAGAGUGGAAUGAUCCAAAGUCAUGCUUGCAACAAUGCUGUCUUACACUUAGACAAGAAGGAAAGGAACCUCAACUACCAACUUAUAAAAUUGAAAACAAAGCAGGACCUUCACAUGCAAGAAAAUAUAAAGUGGCAGUGUAUUUCAAAGGAUCACCUAUCGGUAAUGGACAAGGAGAAAGUAUUCAGGAAGCAGAAAGGAAUGCAGCAAGAAAAGCAUUAGAAGAAUACAAUUUUCCUCAACUUGAAUGGCAGAGAAGAUAUGUAGCUAAGAAACACAAUGUCCCAUACAAACCCAGGAAAAAUUUGAAACCAUUCGAUCAAAGGAGAAAGCAUUCUUCAGAUCACAAUGCUGCUGAAGACCGACAAGCGAAGAGACUCAGAACAGACAAAUGAUCAACCACACACUAUGUUCCAUUAUAAAGUUUAUAUUGCUAUUAUUGCACUGUAACAAACAAUCAUGAACGAAUAAAAUU